UAUCGGCCAUUGUUGUACUGGUGUGGUAUGGUUGAUAUAGAACUGUAAUAUUUCAGUGGAUAAUCCUGAAUCUGUAAAGUGAUAGUGAUUUUCUGCUGUAUUUCUAAGUAAAAUAUAGCGACUAUGUCUGAGAGUGAAAAUAAAAAAUUAUUUGAACUGAGAGUUGUUGAUCUCAGAGCUGAAUUAGACAAGAGGGGCUUGGACCGUAAUGGCGUGAAACAAGUAUUAUUGGAACGGCUCGGCAAGGCAUUGACUGAUGAAGGCUUUGAUCCAGAUACUUAUGAAUUUGAGAUAUCGGACAAAAAGCGGUCUUCUACACGUUUGUCUGUAGAGAGUAUGGAUGAAGAAAAAUCUGACAAGGCAGAAGAAAAAAAUGUUGAAAAACCAUCACAAACUGAUAAAAAACCAGAAGAGGAUGAAAAACAGGAAACGGAAUCUAAGUCUGAUCAAAGUGAUGCUGCUAAAGAUAAUAAAGAAGCAAAUACUAAUGGAGAAAAAGUUACAGACGCCCCAGAGGAAGAAAAUGAUGGACAUGAAUCACCUAUUCGCCUUACCUUAGAGGAUGAUGAUGAAACUCUACACGAUGUUGAGAAUGAAACAACUACUGAAAAAUCCGCCACAGAAAAAGAGGCAGAAGAAAAAUCUGAAGAUAAGAAGAGUAAUACGAGUGAAGCUACGUCGCAGUCUGAUUCCAAAACAUCUGAACAAUCAGCAGAGAAAGCAGCAGGUUCCAGUGGAGACUACAAAGAUGGGGAUAAGGAAUCCGCUGAUGGAUCAUCUAGUGGGACAAAACUGGAAGAUACCAAACUUCAGAAGAAAGUCGGUGCCAAAUCCAAUCCGAACGUUGUGUGGAUCAGCAAUGUUGCACAAAAUACUCGCGCCAGUGAAUUGAAGGCUGCGCUUUCUUCAUGCGGAAAAGUAACGGGAGCUAAAGUCGUCGUUAAUGCCAGAUUUCCCGGGACAUGUUGUUUUGGGUAUGUCACUAUGAGCUCCGUGGAAGAUGUUGAAAACGUUAUCGCUAAGCUUAAUAACACUGAACUGAACGGACAGAUUAUUAAGAUUGACAAGUUUGAUCACGUAAGGGCAGAACAAAUGAAGCAGCUAAAAGCAGUUGCAACGCCAAAUAAGACUACUCAGAAUGAUGAAAAGAGUGCAUCCAAAUCACCGGGUAAAGAUAGUCUGAAGAAGGAUGAUAAAUCGGUAAAAAGUGACGACAAAUCGGGCUCUGACACUGAGAAGAAAAAAGAGGGAGAUAAUAAAGAAGAAAAAGACGAUAUUCAAAAAGGCGAUUCUAAAGGUAGAGAAAGUAAAGAAGGACCCGGUAGUAGACAUUCAAGAGAUAGAACUAGGGGUGACAGCAGAAAUGGGGUAAAAUCUGGUAGAUCUGAUGAUGGCAGAGUAAGGUCUGCAUCGGGUACUAGCCGAGAUAGGAGGGGUUCCAGAUCUAGGGACCGGGAUCGACGUCACAUUAGAUCCAAUUCUAGAGGACGCCAUGAAAGAGACGUCUUAACAUUCGACAAAAUUAGAGAGGAACGUGAAAGACAAAGAUUGCGUGAGAAGGAGAGACUGCUGCGUGAAGAAGCUCGACGCCGUCAAGAGGAAGCCGCUCGUCAACGUGAAGUUGAAAGACGCCAACGCAGUGAAGCUCACCGCCUUGAAAAAGAAAAGGAAAAGUUACGUAUGGAGAGGGAGAAAAUCGAACGUGAAAAAGCCGAAUUGGUUAGAAUGGAGCGUGAACGUCAAAGAUUGGAACGUGAAAAAAUAGCUCUUGAGAAAAUGGAGUUGGAGCGCACACUUAUGCGUUUAGGAGAAGAACGUAGGGCUGUUAAGAGACCAGCGCCUUAUCGACGAGAGGACGGUUUUGAAGAGAGGAAGAGGUCCGCUUCUGAUAGACAUUUUGAAGAACCGCCUCCACCGCCAAGAUUUGAUCCUCCUCCAAGACCUGGCACUGGGCCAAGCGGAAGCAGUGGAAAAUAUGAGGGACGGCCUUAUGAUGGCAGGGAUUCCAGAGGUGAACCUAGAAGCGAACCUCGCAGUGAACCUAGAGGUAGAGAACUACCCCCAUCUCGACCAAAAGACUCUCGCUACGUUGACAGAGAAAGAGAACGUGAUAGAAGUCCUCAUUUCCGACCUUCCGUAAGAGAUGAAAGAGAGAGACGCCCGUUACCUGAUAGUAAGCCUGAUUUGCCCAUUUCUUCAAGAGACCAUCGUUAUGGGGACCCGAAUGCAGGUCCGGGAAGAUUUGACAGGAAUAGUUCAAGCUGGACAAAUCCACCGCAAAAACCAUUUAAUUCAGUCGUCCCACCAAAACCAUGGGCAGCUAAAGACCCCUGGAGGCCCGAUUCAUCUGUUUCAGACAGAUCAAAUUCUGGUUCGACAGCGAAUAGAGCAAAUGACAAUAGGGAGCCUAAAAGCAGAGACUUACCUACAUCGCGACCAAAGGAUUCUCGGUACGUCGAGAGGGAAAAAGAACAUAGAAGCCCUCAUCCUAGACCAAAUAUCAGGGAGGAAAGGGACCGUCGUACUGCUGUAGAAAAUAAAUCAGUUAUGCCGAUAUCUUCAAGGGACCACCGUUAUGGAGGGUCCAAUGAUUCAGGGCCGGGAAGAUCUGACAGAAAUAGUGCUAUUUGGGCGGUACCGAGUCAAAAACCGUUCCCAUUAGCUGGUUCGAAUAAGCCUUGGCGACCAAGUUCCUCUAUAUCCGAGAGAUGGCCUUCUGGUCCUCAGGGAAGUUCAUCUAUCAGACCAUAUCCUGGUAAUCCUCAACCAAAUAUGGUCCCCAUCAGUCCUGUCCUAUCUGGUGUAAACCGUUAUCAAGAUAGACAUGAUUACAAUAAAACAAAAGUCACAAAUCCAAGAAAGUACUGACCUAUACCAUGCCAUUUAAUUUUAAUUAAGCGUUCAUGUAGAUUUGCAACAAUUUUUGUUAAAGGAUCGAAGAAAUCGGUUUACAUAGUAGUCUUAAGAUUUUCUUCGAAUUAUUCAUUUGGUUUUGAACAUGACUAGUAUGUACUCAUAUAUACAUUGUAUAUAAUUCUUUAACGUCAUAAUUUUGUUACUUUUUCUUUAUCAUUGCAGUUUAUUUCAUUUUUAAAUUAAUAA